AAAAAAAAAAAAAAACCGUAGAAGCCGUCACCCCCAUCCCCAACUCUGUCAAGCACGAACCUCUUCCUCUUUACAACCAAAGAAAACCCUAGCCGCUCUUAUUCCCCUUAUCCUAUCCGAAUCGAACCCCCUCCAGAAUACCCAAAAAUUAUUCGCCCCAAAAAUCCUCACUCAUUCACACACUCGCUGAUUUCUCUCUUCAUCCACGAUUUCUUCACAAAGCAGUCUCCGAAAAAAUAAUGAUUCAAAAAUAGCUUUCCAAAUUCAACUCUGAAAUUUUUAGAUCUGGUCCGAUUUCUGUUGCAUUACUUCUACAACUCCUGGGUGUUCGAGUUUGAUUUCGAUUUCAGAAAUUGAAGCUGCAUUUUGUUGAUUCGGUUUUCGCUGAUCUCCAGCUUUCCCUUCGCCUUUAUUUGGUUAUUCAAGUUUGUCUCUACUGCUGUUUAGAGAAGUGUGUAAAGCUGCAGAGAUAUGGCGAUGUUAAUUGCGGCACGUCGAUUAUCAGCUGGAUCAGCUUUAUCAGAUUCACUGCGUUAUACCUCUUGCUGGCGGUUUUUCUCUACCUCUUUCAGGGAGGAAAAAGACACAUUUGGUCCCAUUCUCGUUCCAUCUGACAA